AUGAAUUUUAAAGUAGUUUCAUCGGAGUCUACCAAUAUUGAUCUAAAUACUCGUUUGGUACAACCAGAACAGAAUCUAGUAGGCAGUGGCAGGUUUUUAUGCAAUCAGUCUUACAUCAAUAAAGGUACAAUUGAACAGGAAAAUCAACAACAAACAACUUCCGGACAACAUGCAAACGCUUAUGAAAUAUUCAACUCAUGUAAGGAAUUAUCAAUGGGAAAUAUCACGAUUGAAGAUCAAUCGAAUAUUGGCUCAUCAACACUAAAUAAAGUAGGUUCUGAGGUAAAUGUGAAUGCAAAAAGUCGUAAAACAGUUAUAUCAAACAGAAAAAAUUUAAAGAGGCACCGAAGCUCAUCGAGAAGAAGCUCGAAACGCUUUUCAACAUUAUCAUCAUGCAAUGGGGAAAAGUCAACUUUAAAUGCUGCUGAUGAUACACAAUUAAUUAAUACUUUCGUCAACGGGUUUAAAGAAUUGUGCUACUGGGUUAGAAAUCUAUUAGCGAAAGGAGAAAUUGUUGCUAUGGGUGACAUAAAAAUUACUUAUGAAAAUAUUCUGAGAAGACGAAAAGAAUCUUAUUCAUCUGUUAUGUUACUUGGCAGUGCGAUUCGAGCUCGAUUAUAA